GCGGCGGGCGCGGGCGCGGGCGCGGGCGGCGGCGGCGCUGGGCUCUCAGGGGCCCGCGGUGUGGGCGCCGAGGAUGUGCGGCCGGACGUCCUGCCACCUGCCCAAGGAGGUCCUGGCCCGGGCCUGCGCCUACCGGGACCGGCAGGGCCACCAGCGGCUCCCGGAGUGGAGGGACCCCGACCGGUACUGCCCCUCGUACAACAAGAGCCCGCGGUCCAGCAGCCCGGUGCUGCUGUCCCGGCUGCACCUGGAGAAGGACGCGGACCCGUCCGAGCGGAUCAUUGCGACCAUGCGUUGGGGCUUGGUCCCCUUCUGGUUCAGGGAAGAGGACCCUGCCAAGCUGCAGAUCAACACCAGCAACUGCCGCAGCGACACCAUCAUGGAGAAGCGGUCCUUCAAGGUGCCUCUGGUCAAGGGGAGACGCUGUGUCGUCUUGGCGGACGGCUUCUACGAGUGGCAGCGACGGCAGGCCUCGAACCAUCGGCAGCCCUACUUCAUCUAUUUCCCGCAGAUCGGGACCGAGCAGUCCGAGCAGGUGGGCGCUGUGUCCAGCCCCGAGGACUGGGAGAAGGUCUGGGACAACUGGAGGCCGCUGACGAUGGCUGGCAUCUUUGACUGCUGGGAGCCCCCGGCGGGAGGAGACUGCCUCUAUUCCUACAGCAUCAUCACGGUGGACUCCUGCAGAGUCAUGAGCGACAUCCAUAACAGGAUGCCUGCCAUACUGGAUGGUGAGGAGGCGGUCUCUAAGUGGCUGGACUUUGGUGAGGUCUCAGCUCAGGAAGCUCUGAAGUUGAUCGGCCCCACGGAGAACAUCGCCUUCCACCCGGUGUCGUCCGUGGUGAACAGCUCCUGGAACAACACUCCCGAGUGUCUGUUCCCGCUCCACCUGCUGGCCGGAAAGGUUUGGAGAGCCUGCCCGCUAUCUUCUGUGGCCGGUCUCGCCCACCACGAGCUGCCCCCUCUCCCUUCCGGCCCUGGGAACCCACCCUGCUCCCCUCCUCGUGCCCAGGAGCUCAAGGUGAGUGCCAGCAGCCAGAAGAUGCUGCAGUGGCUGGCCACGAAGUCACCCAAAAAGGAAGAGCCCAAAACACCCCAAAAGGCAGAGUCAGAUGCGCCCCAGUGGUCCAGCCAGUUCCUGCAGAAGAGCCCAGUAACCCCCAAGAGAGGCAGCGCCAGCCUCCUGGAGCGAUGGCUGAAGCGGGGUCAGGAGGAAGAGCCUGUGGCCAAGCGGCCUAUGUUUAAUUCUAGUCUUUUGCCCAUUUCAAGUUUGUUUUCUGAUUGGACAGCGCUCUCCAGCCGGGGUCCCCUCCCCCCGCCCAACUGUGAUCAGAAACACAGACGCAUACACCAGGGGCCGGUGCUGAGCGGCUGGACGGAGGAGGCCCGCAGACUGUGCCGGCAGCUGCUGCUCGAGAGAAAGCGCUUGGACAAAAGGAAGCUUCCAGCGCAGACUCCACCCAGGUGGGUGUGCGCCUCCGGCCUUGCUGCUGCCGUGGAGCCCGCGGGGCGGGCGGUGGGUCUGUGGGGCGUGUGCGGGGGUCGGCGGUGUGCUGGGCUCUCCGGGCAGCUGGGCGAGAGAUGA